CCAUUUUUCAUAUUUACAUGUACUAUGGUGAUCAAUUUCGUAGUAAUUCAUAGUAAUUGGAUUUGAUACAUGUUAAAUUCAAUCCGUAAUUUUUGUUUUUAUUAGAUAUAUAUAUUUGAGAGGAGUGUUAUGAUUUGGGCAAGAUAUUGUUUUUUGUCAAUAAUUGAUUGUACAUCUUCAUUGUCUAAAAAGCUGUGGAUUCAGAAUCUUGGGAUAAGAUCAUAUUUGUCUCAAAAUACUUUUGCGUCACUAACCGUAUCUCAACUAAACAGGAUAAAUCAGAGGUCAGUGAUAUUUUCAUUAUUUGCGAAUAUGGCAUCAAGUAGUAAUGAUGAAAAUGUAAGAAUGCAGGAGAAAAAUCGUUUGAGUUUGGAAAAAUCACCAUAUUUACUACAACAUGCUACUAAUCCAGUUGAUUGGUAUCCAUGGUGUGACGAAGCUUUAGAAAAAGCAAAGGUAGAAAGCAAAUGUAUUUUUUUAUCUGUUGGUUAUUCUACGUGUCAUUGGUGUCACGUUAUGGAAAAAGAAUCUUUCACAAAUAAAGAAAUUGCUGAAAUAAUGAAUAAGAAUUUUAUUAAUAUAAAAGUGGACAAGGAAGAGAGACCAGAUAUCGAUAGGAUAUACAUGACUUUUAUACAAGCAACAAGUGGUCAUGGUGGAUGGCCAAUGAGUGUCUUUCUUACCCCUGAUUUAAAACCUAUUAUUGGAGGGACUUAUUUUCCUCCAGAAGACACACCUAGACAAACAGGAUUUAAGACACUUUUACUCAAUGUCGCUCAUAAGUGGAAUCAGUCCAGAAGUAAACUUACAGAGAUUGGUUCUACCAAUCUUGAAACUUUACAAAAUAUUUCUAAAAUUCCACAUACGUCUAAGAUACAUGAUGUACCUCCAUUAGAAUGUAGUAAAAUUUGUAUUCAACAACUGGUAAAUGAAUUUGAACCAGAAUAUGGUGGUUUUAGUUCGACAUAUAUGCAAUCACCAAAAUUUCCGCAGCCAGUAAAUUUUAAUUUUUUAUUUCAUAUGUAUGCACGUCAACCUGAUGCGGAGUCUGCACGAUCUUGCUUGCAUAUGUCUGUGUAUACUUUAAAAAAAAUGUCUUUCGGUGGUAUCCAUGAUCAUGUAGGUCAGGGUUUCUCCAGAUAUGCUACUGAUAGCGAGUGGCAUGUUCCUCACUUUGAAAAAAUGUUAUACGAUCAGGGUCAAUUAAUGAAAUCAUAUGCAGAUGCGUAUCUUGCAACGAAAGAUGAUUUUUUUGUCGAAAUUAUUGAUGAUGUCGCUACAUAUGUAAUAAGAGAUCUUCGACAUGAGGAAGGUGGAUUUUAUAGUGCUGAAGAUGCAGAUUCUUAUCCUACACAUGAUGCACAUACGAAAAAAGAGGGUGCUUUUUAUGUGUGGUCUGCGACGGAAAUUAAGUCACUUUUGAGUAAAAAAAUUUCUGACGAAAGUCACGUUAAACUUUCAGAUAUUUUUUGUCAUCAUUUCAACAUAAAGGAAUCCGGAAAUGUAAAAUCAUACCAAGAUCCACAUGGAGAGCUAAGAGGAAAAAAUGUAUUAAUAACACAUAAUGAAAUUGAAGAGACUGCUAAACAUGUCAAUCUAUCUGUUGAAGAAACUAAGACAUAUUUGAAAGAAGCAUGUUCCAUCUUAUAUAAAGCUAGAUCUGCAAGGCCCCGACCUCACUUGGAUGAUAAAAUCAUUACAGCGUGGAAUGGUCUUAUAAUAAGUGGUUUAGCUUUUGGAGGAGCGGCAAUAAAUAAUAAACAAUACAUUGAGCGCGCGGUAGAUGCCGCAAAAUUUAUUAAGCAAUAUCUUUUCGAUGAAACUAAGAAUAUAUUGCUUCAUAGUUGUUAUCGUGACGAGAAAAACACAAUUACGCAAAUGAGCACCCCUAUACCUGGAUUUUUAGACGACUAUGCGUUUGUCAUAAAAGGAUUGUUAGAUUUAUACGAAUCGGAUUUAAACGAUGAAUGGCUGGAAUUUGCCGAAAAAUUGCAGGAUCUUCAAAAUCAAUAUUUUUGGGAUGAAACAAACGGAGGAUAUUUUUCAACAACAUCGAGCGAUCCAAGUAUAAUUCUCAGGCUCAAAGAAGCUUAUGACGGAGCGGAACCAUCCGGUAACUCGAUUGCUGCCGAAAAUUUACUGAGGUUGGCAGAUUACUUCGAUCGUAGCGAGUUCAAGGAUAAGGCUGUUCGUCUUUUCCGAGCAUUCAGACACUUGCUGAUGCAAAGGCCUAUUGCGGUUCCACAAUUAAUAUCAGCACUUGUACGCUAUCACGAUGAUGCAACUCAGAUUUAUGUGGUUGGAAAACGAGGUGCCAAGGACACCGAUGAUUUACUUCAAGUUAUAUAUAAACGUUUAAUACCAAACAGGAUUCUUCUUUUAAUUGAUCCCGAUGAAACGGGCGGCAUGCUAUUACGUAAAAACGAACAUCUCAGAAAUUUGAAACCUGUGGAUAAUCGAGCAACAGCUUACGUAUGCAAACAUCGCACAUGCUCUUUGCCCGUUACGAGCUCUGAACAGUUAACAACAUUGAUAGGUGAACUGUAAUAAUUAAAGUUUUAUUUAAAUAAAGGUUUAUUAAUUAAUCAUCGAUUAACCAAUAAGAAAUGAGAUUUUCAAGAUUUCCAACAAAGGAGAGAGAUCGUUUAAUAGUAAAAUUAGGAAAAGAGUAAAAUAAUAAGAUUUAACGAAUCUCAAUAUUGUAUUGUAUCAUGUAUGUAUUGUAUCAUAAUCUGCAGCAAUAUCAAUGGAAUUUUAGGCUAAUAAUACUUGUUGAACAUAGUUGUACAUAUGAAUGUGUUUUUGUUUUAAUAAAGUAAAGCGU